UUUCAGCCAGUAAAAACGAUUCAAUUUUUAUUUUGUCAGCACUCUUCCCCUUCUCUUUCAAUCACUUUGGGCAAAUAAUGACUGGACAUGGACGUACAUCUUCAGUCGAAAUUGAAGAAGAAUUAGCACAAAUUAGACGUUAUGAAGAUUUUACUACGACUGAUUGGGUAAAGGAUGCCAUCAUUGAACGAUAUAGACAAGCAGCAGUGAAAAGCUCUAUAUCAAGUGAUACCACUUGGCGUGCCUGGUGGCAUCAAACUUUUGAAACUGCAGAGUCUUGGGUGGUCAUAUUCUUAGUUGGUGCGGCAAUAGGAUUGAUGUCAGCUUUGAUCACUAUUGUUACCGAUUGGUUGUCAGAUAUAAAGAUUGGUUACUGCUCAACUGCUUGGUGGCUCAAUCAAAAGUUUUGUUGUUGGCAAAUGGAAGAACCAGACGGAGGUUGCGCUGACUGGACAGAUUGGAGUGAAUUUGUAAACUUGGGACCGGAUGUAUAUAUUGUAAAAUGGUUAUUUUAUAUUCUAUGGGCGACAACCUUUGCCACACUAUGCGCUUACCUUGUUAAAACUUUAGCCCCUUAUGCUGCAGGUUCGGGAAUAUCGGAAAUCAAAUGUAUUAUAGCUGGAUUUGUGAUGAAAGGAUUCCUUGGUGGAUGGACCCUUGUAAUGAAAAGCGUUGGCUUGACAAUGUCUGUCGCGUCAAAUUUGUCGAUCGGAAAAGAAGGUCCAUCUGUGCAUAUGGCCUGCUGUGUCGGAAAUGUGAUAUCUAGGUGCUUUAAGAAAUUCAGGACUAGCAAAGCUGAAAUGAGAGAAAUACUGACUGCUUCAAGCGCUGCUGGUGUAGCAGUUGCCUUUGGUUCACCUAUCGGCGGUGUUCUAUUUGCACUAGAAGAGAUGAGUAACGCAUUUCCAAACAGGACAAUGUGGAAGAGCUUCUUUUGUGCAAUGAUUGCUACCAUUGUCUUGCAGGCAAUGAACCCUUUCAGAACAGGCAAGUUGGUCAUGUUUCAAGUGAGCUAUGACAGAGAUUGGCACUUUUUUGAAUAUAUUUUUGUUGUUAUCAUUGGAUUGUUUGGCGGUCUUUACGGUGCGCUUGUCAUCAAAUACAAUCUACUCGUUGCACAAUUUAGAAAAACGACAUUGAAGGAUUUUCCUAUAGUAGAAGCUGCCGUUCUUGCUUCUGCCACUGCCUUUAUCGCCUAUCCAAACAUUUUCUUACGUAUUGAUAUGACUGAAAUCAUGGGAAUCUUGUUUAGAGAAUGUGAAGGCCCUGGAACAGAGAGCUACUAUGGACUGUGUGAGAGCCAAGAAGCAUGGAAAAUGGUCAUACUCUUGUUCAUUGCCACUGUUCUUCGCAGUCUAGGUACCAUUAUCACUUAUGGAGCAAGAGUUCCAUGUGGUAUUUUUGUACCCUCCAUGGCCAUUGGUGCCAUGUUUGGAAGAAUGAUUGGGUUACUUGUCAAACUAUGGCACGAAAACAAACCUGAUUUCUUUUUAUUUGCUUCUUGUCGACCUGAUAUGCCUUGUAUCACGCCUGGAACCUAUGCUUUUCUUGGAGCUGCUGCAGCUUUAGGAGGUGUUAUGCGGAUUACAGUGUCUGUUGUGGUUAUCAUGUUUGAGUUGACAGGUCAAAUCACUUAUAUUCUACCUACUAUGAUUGCCCUUAUGAUAACCCGUGCUGUAAACGAUUGGUUUCAGUCUGGUGGCAUUGCCGAUCGUUAUAUCCGAUUGAAUGGAUACCCAAUUUUAGAUAGUGAUGACCAAGUAUUCGGAGUGCCAGUUUCACAUGUUAUGCAAACAAAUUUGACUGUCAUGACGGCUUCCAGUAUGACAUUUAUGGAGAUUGAAAGAAUAUUAGAGACAACAAAUUAUCAAGGAUUCCCGGUUGUAGAAGAUUUGAAGUCAAUGGCACUCAUUGGGUACAUUGGACGCUCCGAGCUUCAAUAUCUAAUCGAAAAAUCCAAGGUGAACAAGAAAGCUCAUGAUGAAACCUUGUGUCGGUUUACGCCUGAUGCAAGUGAUGAACCAGAAAUACUGACAAACAUUGGUCUGAGCGACGAAGGACAACAUGAUUUAAGAGGAUCUUCUGAUGCACUGGACUUUGGUCCAUACAUGGAUCAAACACCGAUCACUGUUCAUCCAAGACUUUACUUGGAAACAGUGAUGGAUAUGUUCAAACAACUAGGGCCUAGAGUUGUUCUCUUGGAGGAAAGAGGGAAACUGAAAGGGCUAGUGACAGUGAAGGAUGUGCUAAAGUAUAUAGCGCACACAGAAAAUGUAAGAACUUCAUCGAGCAGACCAUCUAAUAGAGAAUGUGGAGGUCUCUUUGAAAUCAUGACUUCAUGGAUCACCGAUAGACCAAACCGCCGUCGCCAACAAUCGUAUACACGAUUGCAAAAUAGAAGCUCAAUAGAUAUUGAAGAAUCUCAUGAGCUUCAUAGACAGGCGUAGUCAUUUUAUCAUUAAUUAAAUAAACCAUGAUUCCAAUAUACAACAAGGCAUUACGGAAGAGGGUGAAUUAACUUUACAGUCGUUCCAGUGCCAACAUGAG